CCAGACAAGAUUUUUCUGUGUAGUGCUGGCUUUCCUGGAACUCAGUUUGUGGAUCAAGGUGGUCUCAAACCUGCUUGCCUCUUCUCCAAACUGCUAAGACUGAAGGUGUGCUCUACCACUCCCAGAACACAUAUCGGGUUUUUGUUUUUUAAAAACCUACUACUUCUACUUCUCUAUCUCUACCCACAAUAGGGUUUCUUUGUAGCCCUGGCUGUCUUGGAACUCUCUCGAUAGACCAGGCUGUCCUCGGAAUUCACAGAGAUCCUCUGCCUGCCUCUGCUUUCCUAACCUGAGGGCUGGGAUUAAAGACAUGCACCAGCAUGCCUGGCUAAACUUCUAACCAGAAGCCAGUUACAUUUAUUUCUUUCUUGGAGGUGCUUCCACUUAAACACACGUCAUUCCUCAUCCUUUGUAUUCAAGAACACAUGUGGUCAUGGUCACUGGUGCUAUGACAUUAUCUCCCUGGAACACUCUGCGUGAUACAGUUAGAACCCUCACUUAGUAAUUGUGACCAGAGGUUCCUCUGCUCUGGCCCAGCCAGAUGAGGAAGCUAUUGGAUCACAUUCUAGGGCAUGUGGGCGAAAGGAACUCCUUUAGGAGCUGAGAUUUCUGGGUGGGGAAGGGCACCUGUGAGGGCAGACAUCAAAUGAUACAGGACAAUAUCAUCUGUAAUGGUAGCAAGAUGGAAGGAAAUCCCCAAAAUCAGAGAAAUAAAGUCAGUCAUAGACAUUAAAACUGUGCAAUAGAUAGCCUCAAAUGUCAAAAAUUCAGAGACCAAAGAGAUACAUAAAGAUAGGAAUAUAAAUGCUCAGGAAAAAUAAAUUCACAUGCACACGCUUGCUCCAGGUAGUCAUGCCAGCUUGCUUCACCCGUGUUGCGGGUGGGUGGACAUUCAGUUUGUUUUCAUUCUCUCAGUAUUAUGGGCGGGGCAUUUUUUUUUCAGGAUUUGCGGUCAUCUUACUCUGCUGCAAGUCAUAUUUUUCAGAAGUUGGGUAUAACUAAAACCUCCCUGUAAAGACGUGCCCAUUUAUAUUCCUGUCAACAGCACACACUUGUCUCCCACAUCCUUGCCAGUGCAGCAUGUCACCAAACCUUAGGAGGCUUGCCCUGGGUUAGGUCAGGAGGUGGUCUCCGGCUGGCUUUAUUUUGCCUCUAUCUUACAACAAGUUGGCCAUCUCUUUGGACAUUGAAGAGUCCUUUGUGGAUAUUUUCUUGUGACACAUUCUGUUUCUAUAUUAAAGAGAGUGUGUGUGUAUGUGUGUGUGUGUGUAAAAACAGAUUUCUCUUAUUGUUUGGGUCAUUUAUUCAUUAUUGGUUCACAUUUUACUAUUUCCCUUCUAUCAAAAUUUAUAUAUUUCUUUUUUCACAUUUCUUGACGAUUUCAUCCAUGAGUGCUGUAUUUAUAUCAUUUCACCCCACCCAACCUUCCUCUGCCUCCAACUCCUUCUGGGUCCCAUUCAGCUCCCUCUUAAGCUCAGGUCUUCUUCUUUAAUUAUUACUGUUGCACAUGUAUGUAUAUAUGUAACACACACAUGUAUAUGUAUGCACACACAUACAUAUAUACAUAUCCUGCUGAAUAUAUUCAGUGUUGAUCAUAUGUAUAUGAGCUGAGAUCAUAGAUAUAGACAAGGGCUGACCACGUGGGAUUAGAUAACCUAGCAUGAGAAUCACACUUGCAGAAGUCCGAUUCUUCCUCUCUUGGUAGCCAUUAGUUGCCUGUAACUCUUCAUCCAGAGGGUAGCUGUUUUUUUGUUUUUCAUGUAUUUGGUUUUUGUUUUUUAGUUUUGGUUUGUUUGUUUAAGAAGCCAAGGCAGCCGGGUGUGGUGGUGUACGCCUUUAAUCCCAGCACUUGGGAGGCAGAGGCAGGCAGAUUUCUGAGUUUGAGGCCAGCCUGGUCUACAGUGUGAGUUCCAGGACAGCCAGGGCUACACAGAGAAACCCUGUCUCAAAGAACCAAAAAAAAAAAAAAAAAAAAAAAGAAGCCAAGGCAGGGGAAUUGCUAUGAGUUCAAGGCUAACCUGGGCUACAUGGCAAGCUCAUAUCUCAUAAUUCCAAAACUUGGCUGGAUGGGAUACUGUACACUUUUAAUCCCAGGACUCAGGAUUCAGAGGCAGGAGGAUCUCUGUGAACUUGAGACUGGCUUGGUGUGCACAGCGAGUUCCAGGCCAGCCAGGCUUACAUAGCAAGAUCCUGCUUGUAAGCAAAAAUCCUCCAAAGCCUACAACAGUGAAAACCCAGAGCCAACAAGAAGCCCCAAAUACAACUUAAGAAGCUUGCCAAGAGGGGAUUGAUGGCCGGGCUUGAGAAAUCAGGGUGGCGGAGGCAGGACAGGGAAGCCAUCAUUACCUCACACAGGUGCUUCUUUAUGCCCUAGAGAAAGUGCUGAGCAGGCAGGCGUGUGCACGUGGCGUGAUGUGAAGUCGGGCCAGCCUUUCUCAUCUGCCUUGUCUUUCUCUCAGUCUUCCAUCUCCUUCUAUCAGAGUCUCCUUUUCACUCAUAUCUGAGAUCCUCUCCUCAAAAAAAAAAAUUGUCUCAUAGGUCUCAAAAACAUAGGCUUUUGUAGGGCUAUUUAUUAGAUGUGUGGCAGACUACAAAACCCAGGAAAGCUAGAGCCCAAUGUGGGACAAAAGGGAGCAGUGGAGACUGUGGUAAAAGGGAGAUGGCAGACCCUGUUUAGAGCAUAGAAUGGCUUUAGGAGAGUGUUGCUGUCAGUAGCUUUUGCUAGGUAAUAAACAACCUAAAACAGUGCCUUAAAACAACAUUUACUGGGCUGGCAGGGUGGUUCAGUGGGCAAAGGCACUUGACUGCUGCCACCAAACCUGACCACCUAAGUUCACUUCCCAGAACAUGGUGGAAGUAGACAACAGUCUCCCACAACUUGUCUUCUGGCCACAUACAUGUGCUGUGGCCCACCUGUGUCCACAUACAUACACGCAAAUAAAUGCGCAAAUAUUAAAAAAUAAGAUUUUUCAGAGAAGCAGAAACUUAGGUGAGAUGCCUACCAUGGGUUCUGUUCCUGCCCUCCCCCCACCCCCAGCCUCCCAACCAUGCUAGAAGCAACAACUAGUUGGCAACCAGGUUUCUGUUUGUCCUGUUUGUGCAGCUCUGGAGCCAGGCCCACAUGGUGGCAGAUUGGGUUCAGCCCCUUCCUAUGAGAGCCAUUUCACAUCUCAAAACCAAUUUCCUUAUGGGUCUGAUGGGAGUCCUAACAGGGCUUGGUGGAGCGUAGACACACGACACAAGGGACGCUAAAUAAGUCCCAGCUAUUCUUGUCAUCUCAGCCAGACAGGAAUCGUGUCGCUCUGCAGUUCUCGGUCCUGUCCGUUGCAAUGUCUCCUUUUAUACCAAGUAUUAAAUGUGUUUAUUAUCCUGAAAUAAAUCCUGGAAAACGGAGCCUGCCUAUGAAUGACCUGGGGAAAGUCAGUGUGAUGCUAACUCUAAUAUGAAGGAGAAAGGAUGGAGAUGCAUUUUCUAGCAAUGUGGGUUUCAAUGUACACUUGGGUACCAGCACUCCAGAAGCUGCGAGGAAGCAUGCUAAAAUUAGCUUGCCUCUAUACGUAGGAAGUAAGUUUGGAGGCCAGGAAAGAAAAUCCUGAAGCUGCUCUGUUUAAGAAGUACAAGAAGGGCUGGUGAGAUGGCUCAGUGGGUAAGAGCACCUGACUGCUCUUCCGAAGGUCAGGAGUUCAAAUCCCAGCAACCACAUGGUGGCUCACAACCACCCGUAACGAGAUCUGACUCCCUCUUCUGGAGUGUCUGAGGACACUACAGUGUACUUUAAAUAAAUUAAAAAAACAAAACAAAACAAAAACUUCUUUUUAAGUACAAGAAGCUCUGCAGUUUCAUGAAGUUCCAUUCGUCAAUUCUUGAUCUUAGAUCAUGAGCCAUUAGAAAUUUUGCCCUGUGCCAAUGAGUUCAAGGCUCUUUCCCACUUUAUCCUCUAUUUGAUUCAGUGUAUCUGGUUUUAUGUUGAGGUCCUUGAUACACUUGGACUUGAGCUUUUUACAAGGUGCAAAUAUGGGUCUAUUUUCAUUCUUCUACAUACAGACAGCCAGUUAGACCAGCACCAUUUAUUGAAGAUGCUUUCUUUUUUUUCCCCAUUGUAUAUUUUUGGCGUCUCUGUCAAAGAUCAAGUGACUGUAAAUGUGUAGUUUUAUUUCUGGGUCUUCAAUUUUAGUCCAUUGAUCAACAUGUCUGUCUGUGUACCAAUAUAAUGCAGGUUUUUUUUUUUUAUCACUAUUGCUCUGUAGUAAAGCUUGAGGUCAGGGAUGGAAAUGGAGAGGAGCCUGAGGAAAAGAAGGUCCAGCAACAGGCCCAAACUGGGAUCCAGCUCAAGGGGAGGUCCCAUGGCCUGACUCUAUUACUAAGGCUAUGGAGCACUCGUAAAAGGGGGCCUAUCAUGACUGCCCUCCCAAAGACCCAACAAGCAGCUGAAAGAGUCAGAUGCAGAUAUUUGCACCCAACCAAUGAACAGAAGCAGCUGACUCCUGUUGUUAAAUUAGGGAAGGCUGAAAGAAGCUGAGGAGAAGGGCUAUCAUGUAGGAAGACCAGCAGUCUCAAUUAAUCUGGACCCUCCUCCCCCAAGAUCUCUCAAACGCUGGACCACCAAACAGGCAGCAUACACCAGCUGAUAUGAGGCCCCAACACACAUACAAUAGAGGAUUUCCGGGUCUGUGUUCAUUCAGAGAUGAUGCACCUAACCCUCAAGAGACUGGAGGCCCCAGGGAGUUUAGAGGUCAGGUGGGGUGGGGGAUGGGGACAUCCACGUAGAGACAGGGGUUGGGGAGGAGGUAUGGGAUGUGGAACAGUCAGAGGGGUGGAUGGGGAGGGGAGUAAAAUAUGGAAUGUAAAAAAAUAAUUAAUUAAAAAGAAGAAGUACAAUAAGAUGAAAGAGCAGAGGGUGUGUGUACCCAAGGACCACAACCCACAGGGAAGGCAGUCCUGACUUCAUGUGUAUGAGGCACUAAUGAUAAUGUAACAUGAUAGCUCACACACUCAGGAGGUCGGGAAAUGAGAAUGGAUGAUAUCCUUGUAAAUAGCCUGAGUCUUUUGUAUAGAAGGUGGUGUAUAAAAAGCCGGGUAGUGGGCUGGAGAGAUGGCUCAGCGGUUAAGAGCACUGACUGCUCUUCCAGAGAUCCUGAGCUCAAUUCCCAGCAACCACAUGAUGGCUCACAACCAUCUGUAAUGAGAUCUAACGCCCUCUUCUGGGGUGUCUGAAGAGAGGGAUGGUGUACUCAUAUACAUAAAAUAAAUAAAUCAUUUAAAAAAAAGAAAUUAAAAAAAAGCCCAUUAGUGUGUCGUGUGGAUGGAUAGAGUCUGAGAGUCACAGAAGUAUUUUGGCUCUUGGAGUCAGAGUAUAUUUUGAGGACCUGUUCAGACUCCGAGUGUUCAGAGGGACAUGAGAGACCUGUGCUAGUCUCUGUAGCACAGGUCUGUAUGUGGGUUAUUGCCGUUCCCAGUUAGUGCUUGCUCUCUCUCUCUCUCUCUCUCUCUCUCUCUCUGCUUUCGACAUGUGGAUGGAGAUGUGAGCUCUCAGGUAUUCCUGCUUCCAUGCCUCUGUUCCACCAUCAUGGACUCUUAACACUCUAACACUGCCACAAGCUGGACCUUCGGGUCUCAGUUUCUUCCUUGUGAUCCCUCUACAGAGGAUUACCAAGUACCCCCUCCUGCUGCAGAAAAUUCUGGAGAACACACCUGCAGAUGCCAGCGCCCACCCUGCCCUUCAGAGAGCCACCUCUGCCCUCCAGGAUGUGAACGGCAAUAUCAACGAAUACAAGAUGCGCAAGGAAGUGGCCUUAAAGUAUACCAAAGUGGAGCAGCUGAGCCUUCGGGAGCGGCUGGCCCGCAUCAACACACAUACUCUUUCCAAGAAGACCACCAGACUGAGCCAGAUGCUGAAGCAGGAGGCGGGGCUUGUAUCCCGGACAGAAGACAAGGAAUUUGAUGACCUGGAGGAGAGAUUCCAGUGGGUGUCUCUGUGUGUGAAGGAGCUCAGAAACAAUGUGGUCGAUUUCAUGGGUAAUCUGGAGGUUUUCCUCAGCUUCCGGCCACACGAACGGAGCCUGGAUAUCCCUGGGGGACCUGCGGAGCAGUACUGCAGCCUAGCGAGGGACCUUCAGCUCCAUGCCUUUCUGCAGUUUAAGCAGCGGUUAAGAAGCCUGGUGUGGCAACCAUUGUGCAGUCUGGCCAGAGCCCUGGCUGGUCCUCAGAACUUGAUCAAGAAGCGCCUGGACAAACUCCUGGACUUCGAUCGAGUAGAGGAGAAGCUGUUAGAUGUGGGCAGCGUGACCUGGGAGGAGGAGGCAGCCCGGCACGAAUACCAGGCGCUCAACUCCUUACUAGUGGCCGAGCUCCCACAGUUUAACCAACUCGUCAUGCAGUGGCUGGGUCAGAUCCUGUGCACAUUUGUGGUCCUCCAGAGAGACCUCGCCGAUCAAGUGCUACGAAGGGCAGAGAGCACCAUGGCUCUGCUGCCUCAUCACCACGUCUCAGAGCCGGACUUCCAGAAGCUGCUGGAGCACACACUAGGCCAGAGCAGCAGUCAGCUCCGCCUCUUUCAGGAGAGCUUUGAGAAGGUGCUUCCACCCUCCACCACUCAGCCACUCCUUCCAGGGUCUGAACACCAGAUGCAGGCUCUCCUUACCAGAUAUGGCCCUGAGAAGCUAUACCAGGUGUCAAGCAACAUCAACGGGACUGGGACUCUGGACCUGACCCUGCUGCGGGGCCAAAUCGUGGCCCUUCUACAAAACAAGGAUACCAAAGGCAACAACAGUCGCUGGCUGGUAGACACAGGGGGACACCGGGGCUAUGUGCCAGCUGGAAAACUUCAGUUAUACCACCCCAUCAUUCCCAGUGAGAAGGAGCUCAGAGGCCAGACAGGGACACAUGAAGACUCCUGGCUUCCAGCCCCAGAGCCCACCCAGCUCUCUGUUCCCACUGUCCCAACCAUGAGUCAGGUGGUGGCAGUAUACCCUUUUGUGGCCAGAAGCACCCACGAACUGAGUCUACAGGCAGGCCAGCCUGUGACCAUCCUAGAGGCCCAAGACAAGAAGGGGAACCCAGAAUGGAGCCUGGUGGAAGCAAACGGACAGAGGGGCUAUGUGCCUUCCAACUUUCUAGCCAGGACCCCAAGCCCAACUCCCUGGGGCUGGAAUCUUCCCUCUUAAGAUGCCCUCUUUGGAACCCCCAUUCCUAUGGACUUAAAAGGUGUCUGACCUAGGGGACAUGGCACAAAGCACAGUGGGAAUGGGAUCGGUGUGAAGGGCACCCAGAAGUUAGCAGGAAGUGGUGACUAGGCCUUACAGAAUGCCUAGUGUGGGAGGCCACAGUGGGUGGCUCAGCAGUGCCACUCUUGUCUGCAUAAAGAAGCCAUCUCAAGGCCACAGCUGAUUAGCUAGGGCUUGCCACAGCUCGAAGCUCAUCCUACCUCUUUCCUCUCUCAUGUUUAGGAUGAAUGUUGCUUGUGUUAGUCGCAGGCAGGGCAUCUCUGAAGAAGACCAGACCUGUCUGGCUUGAUAGUACACUUCCCCCAGCGUUGCCAGGAAACACCACGGCUCACUACUCAUCUUUUCUUUCUUGCUGCUUUGAGUUACUGUGAACAGUGAACUGUGAAGAGUCCUGCUCAAGGGGAAGCCAUGGGCCUAGGUUCUGAGGAGAUCCUCUACUGGGUCUGGGAAUGGGUGUGGUCUCUGCACAGGUCUGGACUGUGUGUACAAACUCGGAGGCGGUUCCAGGGAAGAGGGGAAUUUGAGGGUGGAUCAGUGGGUGUGUGAGGCUGAUUGCAAUGGUCUAGACUCGUGGUGUUUUCUUCAGACUAGGAGACAAAGGAACUUGGCAGUCAAUGCUGGUGGAGCUCUGUGAGACAGGUGACUACUGGCCUGGCGCUCUGGGUAGGUGAAGGAUGGUGUGAUUUCCUGGUUCUGGGUAGAAGAACCAGAGAACACAGGUGGCCUGGGUUUGCCUCUGAGGCCAUGGAGGCUGCAGGGAGCUGAGGUUGGGUAGAUGUGAGGCCCAAGACGUAGGACACAACUGCACUUUUCCACCUAGGAAAAUAACCAAGUCGUGGGAUGUGGUAAGAAUGUAUGUCAUGAGGCUGAGGAUCCUUGUCAACCAGGAAGCGUGACACUAACAAAAAGACUGUUAGUGGCGUCGGGAUGGCGCAGCCAUUGGCUGGCUUGGGUUAGCAGAGUAAAGCAGUCCUGUGCCACCCCUCAUGUCCAAGCCAACAGUGUCCUUUUCCUUAAGCCCAGGCUCUGACCCCAGGCACAGUCAGCAUGGAUUAACAAUAGACACAUUUCGAGACAUGCCCUGUGUCUUAGUCAGGGUUUCUAUUCCUGCACAAACAUCACGACCAAGAAGCAGUUGGGGAGGAAAGGGUUAUUCUGCUUACACUUCCACAUUGCUGUUCAUCACCAAGGAAGUCAGGACUGGAACUCAAGCAGGUCAGGAAGCAGGAGCUGAUGCAGAGGCCAUGGAGGGAUGUUCUUUACUGGCUUGCUUCCCCUGGCUUGCUUAGCCUGCUCUCUUAUAGAACCCAAGACUACCAGCCCAGAGAUGGUCCCACCCACAAGGGGCCAUUCCCCCUUGAUCACUAAUUGAGGAAAUCCCUUACAGUUGGAUCUCAUGGAGGCAUUUCCUCAACUGAAGCUCCCUCCAGCUGUGUCAAGUUGACACAAAACUAGCCAGUACACCCUGUUAGGGGAUUUUGUUUUGUGUGAACAUCAUGGAGUGUGCAAAAUAACAAGGUUAUGACAUCACUAGGCAAUAUAAUCUCACGGGACUAUGCCAUACACACAGCUGUUAUCUGUAGCUGGCUGUUGCAUGGCAUGUGACAUUGGAUACAAUCUAGAGCCAAAGUCCCAAUGCCUAGUACUUAGUGAGCAAGUCAUUUCUCAAAUCUGGAAACAAACCCCUCAAAGAAGACCCCGUUCGAGGAUGACAGGCCCAUGGGGGCAGUGUUGGGUGUAGUCACUGAUGGGCAAUGUCCCUAGGUUGUUGCUUUAGGUCAAGAGUCAUUGGAAGAUCCCAAGACAGUGAAAAAGGUGAUCCACUAUGAUCUCUAUACAACCGACAAAUUUGGAAUUGACCCUCUUGAGAGACAGCAUAAAACAGGUGGCUACUUCAGUGUUUUCAAGACUACAUUUGUUUUUCCAACUCAAGUGCCUGUUUGUUAACUUUGGCUUCUGAAGGGCUCUUGAGAAAGACAGCCUUGCCUGUGACAGACCAUCUAUAAUGCGCCUCCUCUGGGCUUGUUAAAGCCCCAACAGUGUGAUGCAAGAGCAAGACCCCCCAGCUUCUUUCCCAACCUCAGGUUCGCUCGCAAGAUGUUCUUAGCUCACUUUCCUAUCUGUUUCCUUCUCAGGCUUCAGAUCAAAGUGGGAAGCACAGACAAACAUGACAAAGCAGGAACGGGACCUGCAGCUUCCACGGCUUUUCACUGACAGCUCAUUGUGAAGCCGAGACUCUAGCUUGGGGUUCUUAGCAUGGCCUUUCGUCCACUGCUGCAAUUACCUGGGUAGCUCUAAACUGCAGGGUCCCACCCAAAGAGAGCUGAUGUCAUUGAUCUGGGCAUGGUCGUGGCCUUAGGCUUCAGGAAGCUAACCAGGUGAAUCUCACACGCAGCCACGCUGAGGACCUCUGCCCUAGACAUGCAGAGGUAAACAGCUAGACCCGGUCAGAGGUGGGAAAGGAUAAGUUAAGUUAUGCCAUGCCUGAGCUUUGUACUGGCUAUCUAAGCAGGAAGCUUUAGAAGCAGUUUGUAAUAGAACAGCCUGUUCUGUCAGGUCCCAGAAUAUAUAUUUAUGAAGUGCCAUUAAAGGGGACCUGAACAAAAUUGGAUAUUCUUGUAGGCAUAAGGGAGAAAAAUUAAAUAUACUUUGAACCAAGGCUAGCUCAUGAAGGAGAAAUAAAAAUGUAGUCAGUACAUGUGGGUUGUAGUUUCUCAGACCAGAGGGUGAGAUUAAAAUCACUGGAGAGUGAGAGAGGACGUACGGAGAGGAUGGAGCGUGGCCUGGAUUUUCUCCAAGGGACUCUGUGUAAUGUGCCUUUUUACCCCAAUGCCUAGAGCCAUUGCACUGUGUCUUAUUUAUUUCACUCUUGGGCUGUCACGUGCAGACUCACAAGGAGAAUUGCCUAAGAAUGGAACAGAGCUCCCAGGAGUCGGAGGAUGGUUCACAAGCUAUCCCCCCUGCUCCUCAAAGGGAAGUGGGAACUCUUUAACCCUUUGAGCUCCAACUUCGUUUAGGAUACAAGGAGACGACUGUAUUACCCAAGGGAAGAUGGAUAAAUUCUUGAGUCACGUGAUGAGCAUGGUGUGAAGGACUGGCAAUAAAAGACUUAAUAUGACUCCA